AAGAGCCGGGGCGUCGCGGGAGGGGCGGGGCCGCCGCGGGUGGCGCAGCGGGAAUUGCGGCCGCCGCGGGGCCCGGCCGGGGCGGGGCGGGCCGGGCCGUGAUGCCCUUGUUUAUUUUUACCCGGGCGGCUCAUCCUCUCCGGCAGCCCCGGCGCGGCCCCCGCCGCCGCUCCCCGCCCCGGCGCCACCGCCUAUAAAGCGCCGCCCGCGGGGAGCCGAGGAUGCAGCUCUACAGCUCCGUGAUCACGCACUACCCGGCGGGUGCGACGGCGGCCGCCGCGGCCUCGCCGAGCGCUGCCGGCGUCUUCAAGGUCUCCCUGCCGCCGGGCCCCGCUGAAGCACCGACUGCCGCCGCGGGCCCGAGCCCGAGCCCGGCCGCAGAGGGCCCCGCCGAGGACAGCUUCGCCGCCGCCGCCAUGCCCGCGUUCUCGUCCUGCCUGGAGGUGGUGCCGAGCGGCGCGCGCCUCGGGGCCCGCGCGCAGGGGGUCGCGGGCCGCCGUCCCGCCGAGCGCGUGGUGCCCGUGCGCGUGGUGCCGCGCGCGCGGCCCUGGCUGGCCGAGCCGCCCCCGGAGCCCAGCAACCGCAGCCUCCGCCUCGGCGAGCACUGCCGCGCGCUGCGGGCCGCGGCCGCCCAGCACGGGGCGCGCCCCGCCGACGGCCGCGGCGAGGAGGAGGAGGAGGAGGGAGCGGGUCCCGAGGCGCGCGGCAGCGCCGGCGGCAGGGCGGAGCGCAGCGAGAAGCUGGCGCUGUACCUGGCCGAGGUGGAGAAGCAGGACAAGUACCUGCGGCAGAAGGGCCGGUUCCGCUUCCACAUCAUCCCCGACGGGAACUGCCUUUAUCGCGCCGUCUGCAAAGCGGUGUACGGGGACCAGCGGCUGCACGGCGAGCUCCGCGAGCAGACCGUGCACUACAUCGCUGAUCACCUGGACCACUUCAACCCCAUCAUCGAGGGCGACGUGGGAGAGUUCCUCAUCGGCGCCGCCCAGGACGGGGCCUGGGCCGGGUACCCGGAGCUGCUGGCCAUGGGGCAGAUGCUGAACGUGAACAUCCACCUCACCACGGGCGGCCGGCCCGAGAGCCCCACGGUUUCCACCAUGGUUCACUACCUGGGGCCCGAGGACCCGACGCGGCCCAGUAUCUGGCUGAGCUGGCUUAGCAACGGGCACUACGACGCCGUGCUGGACCGCGUGUGCCCCAACCCAGAGUACGAGGCGUGGUGCAGGCAGACUCAGGUACAGCGCAGGCGGGACGAGGAGCUGGCCAAGUCCAUGGCGGUGUCCUUGUCCAAGAUGUACAUUGAGCAGAACGCCUGCUCUUGAGGCCGCCCGGGCCGCAGGCUGGGAGGUUCGCUGCAGGGACAGAGACGGAGUGUGUGCUGGCUGUGAUGGUGAUGCCUUAAUCCUUAAUGAAGCAGCAGCACCCCGGGUUGAUGAGGACUGUAGAUUAUGGGGGAUAAAUACAAGCGUGUCUGAUAUUCUGUUGUAAAAAACCCAACAACUUAGCCUGGGAAUAUUUGCAGGCAGAUUCUCUCUGUAUGUUUGUGUCUCCCCUCCCCACUAUUUUCUAUGAGAAUGUAUUUUUUGCACAAUACUCUUGAACUGUUACCUCCAUCUUCUACAUCUUACAUUAGUAUCUGGCUUUCAGCUGUACGGCCAAAAACGUUUGUAAAUGGAUUUUGUAAAUAAGGCUUAUGAUGUAACAGCUAUUUUUUGCUGUGUUUUUUACCCAUAAACCUUAUAUUUUUACCAAAUGAAGUUGAUGUCAAACUAACGCUCCCUAACUAAUGAAAGUAUCCUGAGUAUUUUCUUGCGAAACUAAAACAAUGGUUUUUGUGAAAGUGCAGCAAAGUAUGAACAGACUGGUUUUCGGAACAGUUGGUUUCUCUGCCUGGAGCACAGAACAGGUCCUUUGAGCCAGUUGGAAUGCAGCUACACAUGAACAGCACAAGGAGCAAUUGACUCUUCUGUAUUUAAUUACUGUUUUGAGUAAACUGUUCUCUUGUUGCCUGGUUGUUGGCUCACCCUCUGCUCCAUCUAUAUUAUUUAUCUGUAAUAACAGAACAUUAACUUGCAAUAGAAUGUUGUGACUAGAUAAUAGUCUCCCGCUUUGGCAAUAAUUGCCUUGGCUGCACUUUGGUGUUUGUGUUCUUGUUUCUGGGGUUAUGGUGUCUUUUGUAUAAGCCCUGCUUCUUUUUGGCAUUGGUGUUGCACCAACAAAUCAUUAUUUGAUCACAACGUUUUAUUCACUUGACAUUAUUUUCUAACCAAGAAAUCAGGAGUGGUAUUCUACACUAUGGUUUAAAAGAAAAAAGUAUUUAAAUUGAAGUUUGUAUGGUUUGCUGGGUCAAACAUUUAAGUGUUUCCAAUCUGAAUUCUGUCUCUUCUACUUUCUGAUUAACUUGUUAGGUAUAUUUAUUAAGUAAUGCAGUUUGUACUUUUUUAUUUUGUAAUAUAUUGUGAUUUUGGAAUUUUUACUGUAUUUGUAUAAUAGGAGUAUUCACAGCUAAAAUGGAAUGAAUAAAGAAUAUAAUUUUA